CAUAGUGCUACAGUUUCUUAAACGGCUUAUGUCUAUAAACCUUGGUUGCUAGAGGCGGGGAUUGGUACAUUGGUCCUGUGUAUCUGCCCUUAGUCUUGUCAGAGUGGUACAAGGUAACGCAUUGCAGCAACUGUUUUAAAUUGAUGAAGGAUUACCUGUUAAUAUCCAGAUUUAAUUUAUUAUCACUGGAAUAAAAAGGGUGUUUUGUUAUUUAUCUUUAAAAAUUCACUCAAUGGCGACUGAAUGCACCCAGGACGCGGUUUUACGGUUUCUGACUGAGAGAGGGGGCAAAGUGAGAAACGUGGAUCUGAUAGAUCAAUUCAAACCCUUCAUUUUGAACGACCCUGCCAAGAAAGCUUUGGCAAAGGAAAGGUUCAAGGAGUUCGUGGACACCGUGGGGUUUGUGAAGGUUGAAAACGACGUGAAGUACGUUUGUCUGAAAAAAAAGUACAGGGAUACUUUGAAACAGCGCGUUGGGAAAAAGACAGAUGGAGACAAUGCUGGCAGUGGAAUAAAAGGGGGCCCUGGUACUCAAAUUCUGGGACUUAACACGAGCCAGUGCCCUAAGAGUGCAGACUGUAGUCGUGGAUUCGGUAAUGGGUGGCCGGCAGAAACAGAUAGAAUUGGCGGAGCCGAUUUUGACACUGCAUAUGCUCUCCUGUCAAAGCCUGUUGGUGGUGAAGCUAGUUUAAACAAUACCGCAAACGAUGUUGCAAAACACGAAAUAUUUGUACCUGUGUGGGAUUACGGAACUAGCAAAAGUGCACAUAGAACACCGCCAGACGUUUCUCCAAAUAUUUCUGAAGGUAAAUCGUUCACAUUGUCAGAAGUCGAGCCAGCCGUCGCAGCUGCCUCACCUAUCGACCGAAAUUCUGAGCUUUGUAGUGAUUUGGAUAACACGGGUGUGUUAGAAAUGGGGAACACAAAUACCAGCUCAUCUACUAACAGUAAUUCUGAUAGUUGUAAUCGCCAAAGAGAUGUCGUAUUUAUUCUGCCGAGUAUAGCAGUGACAGAGGCUUCUGCAUUGACGACAGAAGUGAAAGGUAACACAUUUGCAAUUCCUGAAAAUAAAAAUGCAGAAAGGAUUAAAGAGAGGUGUUUUUCUCAGCCUGUUGAAGAAUCCAGCACGUCUGUUAACUUGGCAUUGGAUACUGCUUCACUUUGCUGCGGUGCUGGAAAUGAAGAACCUGUGAGCCAGCACACUGCAGAUUCCAAGGGUGCAGAUGGGGAGUCCUGCACUGACCGAGAUGUUAAACCUGUCAAAAGCAGCCCUGAUUUGAGGGAUAGUAAAGAUGAUUUACAUCAAGACUCUAAAGGUGCGCUCUUGGCAGAGAUUCCAAACAGGAGACAAAGCUCAAGAAAUGUUUUUCAGCGUAACUUGCUGGCUAGCAGAGAACAGCAGUCUGGUAAGCUGGCUGAAGAUAGGACAGCACCUGAUUCCUCCUGUGCUUCUGGGAAUGAAAGUGGUGGCAUCACCCCUAAAGGUAGUAGAAAAAUAUUUAGAGAUAUGAUGAUGAACAGUUCACCCCAACUGAGGAGAAGCAUGGCUCUUAAAAACCCAGGUUCCUUGUUACCAAGACGGAGGGACUCCAUGAAAAGUGAAAGUGACUCAGUCUCCCUGGUGUCCUCUACAGAUGAAGACAGCAGAUCACUGGCCCUAGAUCCAAUGGAACAUGAAUGGAUGAUGUGUGCUUCUGAUGGCCAGUGGGAAAGCCUCAAUCGCUUACUGGCAUGUGACCCCAACUUGGUCAUCAAAAAGGACUUUGUAACUGGGUUCACCUGUCUGCACUGGGCAGCAAAACAUGGCAGACAAGAACUUAUAGCAUUGCUUGUUAACUUUGCCAAACAGCACGCUGUACCACUGAACAUUAAUACUAGGUCCAGUGCAGGCUAUACACCUUUACAUCUAGCUGCCAUGCACAACCACGAGCAAGUAGUAAAAUUACUAGUUGGUGCCUAUGAUGCAGAUGUGAACAUAAGGGACUACAGCGGCAAAAAGGCUUGGCAGUAUCUGCGUGAAAAUGUUGAUGGAGAUAUCCGAGACAUUGUUGGUGCUGCUGAGCAUUCUGAUGCUGACAGUCUAGGUAAUGGGGCUGGGCGGUGGAGGCUGUCAAAAGUUCUUCCUUCAAACUUGUUGCCACACAAACUGUUGAACCUUCCAGAAGAUGAUUCAUGUGGUGAUGGGGCAGCAGUAAAGCCCAAGUCUGUCUACAGGAAAACAUCUAUGAGCAGAAUAAGGCCCAAACUAAAACAAAUUAGAUUUAAAACCCAAGUAAUCCAUAGCUCCUUCUUUAAAGAAACAGAAGAUGGUGAAAGACCCCUGAAAAGCCCUUCUAAAUCAAGACCCAAGUCUAAUCUUUUUGGAUGAGACAGAUAACAAUACAAUAUGUAUUAUUUACCAGUAAAAGGUACGAUUUAAAAUGUGACUACAAUCAAAAGGUGAUGGUCAUAUAUUUAUGAAAAGUAUGCCUAUGUAAAGUGUACAGCAGAGCUUUUCAUGACUUUCUUGUAGCACUUAGGGGGUGAUUUGAUCUAUCUGUACCCCACUUUCAUAAAUCACACUUGGAUUUGUUUAGAGCAUUUUACAGUUCCAGGGAAUCCACCUGGAUUGCAUCAACCACUUGGUCAAUUUAACAAAAUGGUAAUGGGAUUACACCCCUAUAAAAUGUUUAUAUGUAAUGUGUGAGUUUUAUUCCUACUUAACAAUCAGAUUUUUAUUUUCUGCAAAGCAUGCAACACUUUCUUUACCUAAAUGAUAGGGUUACAAAUCAACUGCAGUGUUUACAUUCUGCUGAAAGGUAAUGUUGCUAGUUGCCCAGAUCAAUCUCUGCUGCCUGCAUUUUUAAAGUUCUACUGUUCAUGGCUAACCGCUAGCUUUACUUGCAGUUUAUGAGUGCACUUUUAGCAACAGCAGCAGGUAUCUAAUUUAUCCUGAAUUAACUGGUCACCAAAGGUACUGCUCACCAAAGUACCUUUGGCAAUUAACUGGUCACCAAGAUGCCUUUGUAAUUUGCUUUCAAUUAAGAGAAGGUGACUGCUUGUAAGUUUCCUGUUAUAAAGAGACUACAGUUUGACACUUUGUGCCUGACAUCGGGGAUAGAGACAGAUACAGUACCUAGAGAACCACUAAUUCAAUUGUGAUGAAACUUGCUAAAGACAUUUUUGAGUAUAGGUUACCAAGAGUAUUAGAAUGUUGGGGUGUGUGGAGUAUGUAUGUAUGUAUGUAUGUAGGAAUGGAUGGAUGGAUGGGGGAUGUGGGAUGUAUGUCAUUGAAAUACUUGUUUUCAAACAGCUAGCAGUUUAUUAUUUAUUUCCCCCAAAAAACGCACAAGACGAUUUGGAUUUUAAUCCAAAACCCAAUUGUUAUAUUUAAUGUCUAGCACAUGAUGAUGUAGUCAUAUUUGUUAGCGAUGCCAAUGAUUCACAUGAUUUAAAAAAAUUAUUAACAAAAUUUUGAAUCUGUUCUUCUUUUAUACUGUGCUAGCCAUUGUUUUGGACAGUCUGCUGCCCAGUACAUUCACUCAGAUCUAUUACCUGUUUGAACAACGUUUAAUUGUAAGUAGUAUCUUUGUUAUGCCCUGUUCAGGGUGCAUUUGUAGUCCUCAAAAAUAGCUUAUCAUUAUUGAUUGUAAACAUGUGAUGUAUGUUAUAUAAAAAAAAGUUAACAUAUUUAAAGAUAAACCAUUAUGUAUGAAAACAAAAUGCAAUACCAGCAAGGUAAAUUGAGCCUGUAUUAAAAUAAAAACGGAAUAGUUUCACAAUCACUUAGGGAAACAAAAACAAUCUAUAUAUUUUACAUAGAUGUUGUUUGUUUUGAUAAUCUUUUUAUUUAACACUUGUAAAAUAUUUACAUAUGAUUAUUUUUAGCAUACACAAAUACACAAUAAUGUACAUUUGCUACAUUGUAGGUGAAUUCUAACCUGGUCAUUUCUCAGUGAUUUUUAGUAAACUGACCUUUAAGUGCAGUACUGAAUUUAGAACUAUUAUGUGCUUACAGAUAUGUUAUAUGUGGGGAUCAUUAAGUACAUUUUACUAUAAUAAUCUAAUCAGUUGACUAUAACUCUAAACAGGCAAUAUUUUACACUAGCUUCAAUACUUUUUUCAACAUGUGUUGAUUUGUGCACUACUUAGAUGUGAAUAAGCUAACAGAUAAACUGCACUGGGAAUUGGGAUGCUUGUAAAUCAGACAGUUCUGAGCAUGUUAUAUGCAGUUUAUAGGCAUUAGCUGCUAGUUAAUGUAAAAAUCAUUGAACACAUUUUCUCUUUGAUACUAAGGCUGGUCCUCUAUCUUUUAUAAAGCUCUUUUACGUUGACGAUAAUUGUAUUAAUAACUAUAUUAAAACACUACUACCUAUGUCAAAUGGUUGAAAUUUGCAUUACAAGUUACAAAAAAACCCCUGUAGUUAUCAGCUCUCAAAUUCCAGCUGCUGUGCUUCUUCAAUUGCUAAACUGACCACACAAAAGGUAACUGUAACUACUGUACAUAUGUGCAGUUGUUAUUAAUAGUAUAACAUUUCCAAAAAUAAUGUUCCAAUAUUUUAGCAUCAUAUGCCAAAUACAGAUUGAAUGUAUAGACUACUAAAACAAAAAGUUUUAAUGAAAAAGUCUGUUAUGUGCUGCUUUCGCUCUGACUUCAAUCCACUGGCACCCUUUUUAAAGUGUCUUUAUCCAAAAGCUAUGGUGUCCUGAAAUCAGACUUACAUCUUCUGAUGGAAUAACAAGCUCUUUAAUAAUGUAUUUCUGUAUUUUCCCAAUCAGUCCAAUAUCAGAGACCAAUAUGUCAAAAAAAAAAACUAUUUUUGUUCCAAAUACUAUCAUCCCAUCAGCCUCAAAGAGAGCCUGGACUAUAUAUUUGGUAGAUCUAUACUUUAACUCAUUGAUAAAAAGUGCAAUGUUAGAACUUAUUUGUCCAGCACGUAUUUGUGUAUUUGUUUCUGUUGGUAUCUUCUGACCUGGAUUAAUGUCUUUAGGAACUAUCUUGUAAUGUGUAACUGUGGAACAAAUUCUUCAAGUUUUUUUUGAGCAGUUAUUGAAGAAUGAGUGACUGAUAUAGUUAUGAGAUUGAGUCCACUUGUUAUGCAAUCCACAUUGAAAAUGGAAUGCUGUGCCCUUGUGAGUGCUGCCAAGUGUUGUUUUGAAUAGCUGUGCAGCAUUUUACUGAAUUGUGUCCAAGCCAAAGUUCAACUCUAUGGGCACAGGAUUGAAUAGGCUUCUGUGUAGUCAGUUUACAAUAUUAACAAUUGUUACUUAUAAUCAUAUGUUCUCUAAUUUCAGUAGUUUUUGGCUACAUAAUUUGGAUAGCAUAUACAAUAUUUUUUACAGCUGAAAUAUAUUGUAAUUCCUACAGUAUUUGGUGGAUAGCCGUCCUUUAGAUGAGACAUAAAACAGAGGUCCUAUUGUAAGUGACUCUGCAGCAGCAGUUGUUAAUGCAUAGUUCACUGGUGUAUUUUAGUUGUAAAUCUGAGAUCAGGCGAGAUCAACAUGAUCUCGCCUGAUCUCAGAUUUACCUGGUUAGUACUCUACUGGGUCUACCAGGUGCAGUAGUUUAGCCUACACCAAACCACUGCUACAUAUUAUAUACUGUAGUUUCUCUUUGGCAACCUUAUAGAUGCAUGUUAAAGUGUAAAUUGCAUCAGUAUUCAGUGUAUGAAUUGUAUAACACUAAAACAGGGUAUAUGAUGUACUGAAUAUAUCACAAUACAGGACAUGUACUGAAUGUUUACUGUUUAAAAUUGAUUGUGGGUGGGACAAAUUGAAUGUUGUUAAGUACACAGAAACUGGAACUGUCUUAUUUGUACCGGUACGUUUUUGAAGGGGCGGUUUAUUUUUUUGUGAAGAACUUGUUUUUUUACAUCUGAAAAAAAUACACUGAAACUGUAUCUGGGCUGGGACCCACAUGAAGUACUUAUUUACAACUACCUGAGGUUAUGUUUUAUUAGGAUUUUUUGGGACAGAUUUACCAGUUUUAAGUUUGUUCUUUUUUUUUAAGUUUGUUCCUUUUUCUCCGAUGUAAAUUAAAAAUAGUUUUAGAACUGAAAUUACAAGGUGGGUGUGUUUUGUACCACAAUUUAAUUAACAUUCUUAGUUUAUAUAUUUUCAUUGGAAUAAACUUUGUCUGGAGUUACAUCUUAGUAAACAUUUGUGCUAUUUUAUUAUUAUAAUUUGUUCAUGCAAAUAUGGGAAAGUCGUUAUUAUGAUUACACUCAAAUAAGAUGCCACCUUUAAAAAAUAUUAGUUUAGCCCCUAUUUUUACACUACUAAAUGAUUCAUUGCGGGUAUGUUUUGUUAAUUUGAUACUUGAGGACAUUUUAAGAGCCACCUGCCUUUUCCCUGAUGUACAUUUACAAUUAUGAACAGAUUGUGGAGUGCUGCCUCUGCUACAUUGAGUGAUGUGUUUGAGCUUCAUACAGUAGGUCAAAUUGAUUGAUUCUCUUAUAAUGUGCAAAGUGGCUUUCAGUGUUUUUAAAAAAUACAUAAAUAAAUAAAAAUUGUAAAUUUGUAAUGAGGUACUGUUUUAUAUGGCUUGUGCUUUACAAUAUGUCUUGUGCACUGUAAUCAGAAUGGGUGAAAGGCCUGGCUGCCUUUUUGUUUUGUUUUUUUCUGUGGAUUUAAUAGAUAUUAACCUUUAUUUUUUGUCUUUGGGUUUAUGGCUUGAUGUUCAUACAAUGCUGAUUUACUCAACUGUUAAAAAACAAUAAAAUAAAAGAAUAAACCUUCCA